AUGAAAGUUGUAGUCAAACCACUUACUAAAUACAAUAACCAAUCUAUGACAUUUAAAAGUCCAAUUCUUAGAACAUUUAAACCAAUACCACAAACUCACAAUUUAAUAAAUGAAAAUAAUAUAACAACAACUACAAAUGAGUUAAAUUUCACACUUGGUUGUAUUCCUUAUUUUGAAAUUUCAUUUAUGAAACAAAUUGUUGAUCCUCAUAACAUUCCACCAGAAUGUGGUAUUGUUCAUUAUAAUGGAAUAAAAAAACGUAUUGCUCCUAUUAUUUUUCAUAAUACCUUUUGGUUAAUUAAAGAUUAUUAUACACCAAUUAAUGAUACUAUUCAAAACUUAAAUAUAUCAUUGAAAAUUACUUCUAUUUCAUAUUUUAAAAUGAUUAUGAUACAUUCACUUGGUCAUUCUUUUUCUAUUCAUCAACAUAUGGGAACAAUGGUACAUGAUGAAAUUGAUGAAUUUAAAAGAGUUUUUAUGGAAACAAACAUUAUACUUUUAGUUAUAACAACAAUAGUAUCAACUCUUCAUACUAUUUUUGAUUUUCUUGCUUAUAAAAAUGAUAUUCAAUUUUGGUCAAAACGAAAUAAUUUUGCAGGAUUAUCAAUUAAAUCAAUCUUUGUUAGUCUUGGGAUUGAAAUUAUUGUAUUACUUUAUCUCAUUGAUAAUGAUACUAGUUUCCUUAUUUUAAUAUCAAAUGGUGUUGGACUUCUUAUUACAUUAUGGAAAUUAACAAGAGUUUUUACUUUGAACUUUAAAGAAAAAGGUUCGUUUAUUCAAUACAAAAACCUCUCUUAUCAAAAUUCUAAAACAAAAUUGUAUGAUGAUAUUGCAUUAAAAUACCUUGGAAUUGCUUGUAUUCCUCUUUGUAUUGGAUAUGCUAUUUAUUCACUUUAUAAUAAUGAAUUUAAGUCUUGGUAUUCGUAUAUUCUCUCAUUAUUAGUAGGAGUAGUUUAUACUUUUGGCUUUUUACAAAUGACUCCUCAACUUUUCAUUAAUUAUAAACUUAAAUCAGUUGCAAACUUACCUUGGAGAGUGUUUAUUUACAAAUUUUUAAAUACUAUCGUUGACGAUUUAUUUGCUUUUAUUAUCAAAAUGCCAACUCUUCACAGAAUUGCUUGUUUCAGAGAUGAUAUAAUUUUCCUGAUAUAUUUAUAUCAACGCUGGAUUUAUCCAGUUGACAAAAACAGAAUGGAUUCCUUACAAUGGGAAGAUGAUGAACCAAUGACUUUAAAGGAUGAUAAUUCCUCCUCAAAUUUCCAUGAAAAGCAAGAAUAA